GAAGUUUCAAAUUGUAUACCUAGAUAUCUCACGUGGUUAAAAAAAAAACUGACCAGCUAGGCGUGAAGAUUUUAAUGUAAAUAGUCGCAGAUAUCGUAGCUUCAAUAUGAUUAACAUCUGGUUAUUUCUACUAAAUUAUCUAUUAGUUCUUGUUGUUGGAACACCCCAUAUAGAGACGAACCCACCUAUACUAGUAGAAGGUAACUCCGCUGCCAUCACCUGUAUAACCCAAGUUGGCGUUGUUAAUACGCUAAGUUAUAAUGGUGGACCAUUACCGGAUUGUACUAGCGGUACUGCUGGAUGUGAUCUCUACAUCGCUUCUAAAACUCAUAAUAGCCUGACUGUAAAUAUUACAAGUGUUUCCAGGCAAAGAGAUGCAGGGACGUGGAUAUGUAACGGAAGCGAUUUUAGCAUUACACAGAAUAUCAAAGUUGUUGCCAGAGGUGAAUUUCUUAUAAGUGCCGAGAGCCCGCGGUUUGCGAUAUUUAAAACAGACAUGAGGACCAGAAUUCACUCCAUACUAAAUAUGAUUCUAGGUGGCGCGCCAGGGGCUCUGUCCUACGAUCCGACAACAAAUCAAAUAUACUGGGGCGAUAACCGCAAUGAUAUUAUAAGAACAGCUGAUACUGAGGGGAAUAUGGCCGAGGUAGUGACAGGAACAGCGGGUACAAGUACAACAUCUACUAUAGAUGGUAUGGCUGUAGAUUAUAUAAAUAGAUUAUUAUACUAUACAGAUACAGGACCAGAUACUAUCAAUGUUUUAUCUUUAGAUAAUUACGAUUAUAGAUUAACAUUGAUUGACACAGGAUUAGAUGAACCGAGAGGCAUUGCUCUUCUACCUAACAGAGGACAAAUGUAUUGGACUGAUUGGGGAAGACACGCCAAAAUAGAAGUUGCCGACAUGGAUGGCUCCAACAGACGUAUAUUUCUCUCGCUUGAAAAUGGUACCUGGCCAAAUGGGUUAACUAUUGAUAGCCAGCGAAACGUUCUGUACUGGGUAAAUGCGAAGUCUGAUACCAUAGAGUCGGUGAACUUAAAUGGAUCCAACAGGGAAAUGUUGUUACAGAGAAAUCGCACUCACUACUUCGCUAUCGUUUUAAUGGGAGAUUAUCUUUACUUCAAUGACUGGUCCAGCCCGUACAUGAAACGCAUGAAGAAGACAGGUGGGCCAAGGGAAUAUUUUGGUUCACCAUUAUUAAUUCGAUCAUUGGGUCUGUAUGCCUUUAAUUCAAGUGAGAUAGAGCAAGGUACCAGUGUUUGUAAGAAUUCUAAAUGUCAACAACUUUGUUUACCUAAACAGAAUAGCAUGUUUUCCUGUAACUGUAAAAAUGGUUUUAUUCUGCGUAAUAACAAUUGUGUAGAAGACAAAUCCAAGAAUACACUGAAGACUUCCGAAAAUCCACUUUUUGUAAUAAAGGGCAGAGACCUGGAUAUAGUGUGUGACUUUAAUAUAAGUUCUAAAAUGCCUACAAGUGGUUACACGUGGACAAAGAAAGGGAAAGUAGUGACUGGUCAAACUGGAAAGGUGUUUAGUAUAAAGUCAAUUCAGAUGUCUGAUAACGGAACUUAUACAUGCUCUGCUAGGACAGACACUGGCACAAGAAACAAUUCAGCCAAUAUAAAUGUAGUUUAUCCCCCGAUUGUGUCUUUACCAUCUAGUAUCAAAGUGAUAGAGCGUGAGACGUUGUCCAUACUGUGUAACGCUACAGCUAACCCAUCUGUACUCGAUUUUAAAUGGUCUGGGCCCUCUGACUUGGACCUAUCGAGAUACUAUUACCAAUUGGCGUCAAAUAGCACUUUGAUUGUACCAUACGUACGAAGAACCAUGUCUGGAGAAUACACUUGUAUUGUUGCCAACACGAUCGUCGUCUCCACAGCUCUAGUGAAACCAAUCACUACAAGAAAAUACAAUAAAACCUACGUCGACGUCUUAUAUGGUCCAACUGCUUCUAUAUCACAAAAAACAAUUGCACUUGGGGAAAAAUCCAAUCUUAAAAUAGACUGCCCAGUCGAUUCUAACCCUGCGCCAUCGACCUAUCAGUGGUAUGAUAUUGCUGGAAAGAAAAUUAAUUCUUCUACUAAGGAACUGAUGAUAAAUGGCGUUACUAACGGUGCUACUUUUACGUGUGUUGCUACCAUCAGAUUGGAGCCAACUAGCGGACAGACCAGGAUUAUUACCCACAAUGUAACGGUCACUGUCAUUCCUAAAAAAGGAGUUGCUACCAUCAGAUUGGAGCCAACUAGCGGACAGACCAGGAUUAUUACCCACAAUGUAACGGUCACUGUCAUUCCUAAAAAAGGUGAGUUCAAAUUUUGAAAAGUAAUAUAAUGGUAUAACUGGAUAUACCGCGUCAAGAGUAAGAGAACGAACUCUUACGAUCAGUUUUAGAUUCAUUUUCUUGAUUGGUAUGAUGAAAUAGAUCAGUAGGCACAGGCAUCCUUUAAUAAGACUACAAAAUGAAUCCACCUUUUUAUAUGCCCACAUUUCACCUUGGGUGUAUAUUAUGCGACCAACCUGCCCGUCGGUCCGGCCAUUAAUAAUUGGCUUGUGGACGCUAUAGAAGCUACAUUAUUUUAAGGAGUUACUACCAUCAGAUUGGAGCCAACUACCGGACAGACCAGGAUUAUUACCCACAAUGUAACGGUCACUGACAUUCCUAAAAAAGGAGUUGCUACCAUCAGAUUGGAGCCAACUAGCGGACAGACCAGGAUUAUUACCCACAAUGUAACGGUCACUGUCAUUCCUAAAAAAGUAACAUAUACAGGGACGAUUAUUGCUGUGGUUAUUACAUUAAUAAUAAUAAUUAUCAUCGGUGUUAUUGUGAUCGUUUUGCGCUACAGAAGAGGCGUUUUCAGAGGUGUAACCAUACCAUUUCGUAGAUUCGGAAAAAACACAGACAAUUCACCAUUUGCCAACGCCGAAGAGAGAAACACAAAGAACGAGGCCGAGAACAGGACAGAGGAUCCUUAUAUAAACCUCGGUCAACCGUCAGAACCAUCCCAUAUAUAAGCAAACCAUGAACUUUCCAGAAACAUGUAAAUUUAAAAAUAAACCAGUAAUCUGGAUCAUGUUAACCCCAGUAACCAUAAUAUACAUAUAUAACAUUUAUUCAUGGCUUUAAUAUGGCUAUAUACAAUAUACGACAGAUACAUCUUUAUUACAAGAUGUCCGAUUUCUUACAUCAAAGGGACGCCAACCUUCCGUAGUUUUAGAUUUUGUAAUAGACGGCAUACGGAAUAUACGUGUAGGCAAACCUUUAUAUAGUGGAUAUAUAUAAUUUGUACAGUAAAUAUAUAUAAUUGUUAGGCAAAUGUGAAUACUACUUUCUUUAAAUAUAGUAUUACACCAGGAGAAGCAUGUAUCUGUACUGGGAAAUCUUGUGACAUGGGUUUCCUUAUCAAUAUCAUUAUAUUUGGUAAAUAAUUUUAAUAUUUUACCAGAAUCGCUUCUCCAACACCAAUAAAUAAUUACAUUAGUUUGCAAAUUAAAUACUGGUAUUAUAAUUCACGUAUUUUAUGGAUGUAUUUGUUUGCAAGUUAAAUGCUGGUAAUUAAAAAUAAUCAUUUAUUCCGGUGUUUUUGGGCCCCCGAAAAGUGAGAUAGGCGACCGGGAUUUGUUUUUUUUAAUUGUCACUUACUUUGUAUUCUGGUCUUUACAUCAGAAUUACCGAAACGAAGAAAUACUAUGAGCUGAUGGUCCUACUAAUCACCGACAAGAGCGUUUUCUACUAGCGCCCAAAGUAUUGCAAACAAGUGAUCAAUAAGGAAAGAUUUGUUAUAGAUAAUAUGUAUAUUCGGCACAGCACACCUAAAUUAUAAAUGUCACUAGUAGGACCCUGUGCUGAUAAUUUGAGAAAGUGUCUAUUUUAAAUACCAUUUAAAGACUUGCCUUUUAUUCACUUACAUAUUUAACUUAUUAAAUAUUCGCUUAUCUUUCUUGCUUUAUUUUUUUUUGUAUAUUAUAAUAAUAAUGGUCAUUGAUUUUUUUUUAUUUGUUGUUUUGUUUAAUUCAGACAUAGUUUUCUAUAAAGUAUUUAUUUUUGUUAA